AUGAAAUCUGAUUUGAGUAAUAUAGCAGCACCUUUAUCAAUGAUUGAAGAAUCUCAUAAAAAAGUUGGUGAUUUUCAAUUCAUAAUGGAAAACAAACAGCCUGGUAAAGCGACUAAUCUCAGACAUCGAAUUGUCCCCGAUAUUCCUGCCAAUUUCAAAGUUCCUUAUCCACCAAAAACCACAGCUGAAGAAAUAGUUGAAAAGGCUAAAUCAAAGAACAAUACAACGAAGUCUCCGAAUAAAUUUUUAAUUUAUCGUAAAGAAUUCGUUGAUGAAUUACAUAAUUAUGGUUUUCAAUGUUCUAUGACAGACAUUUCAAAAACCAUUGGUGAAUGGUGGAAAAAAGAACCAAAACAUGUCCAAGACACAUAUCAAAAAAUCUCAACUGAAGCCAAUCGGUUACAUAAGCAAUCUUCUGUUCAUUCCAUCGCGAAGAAAAAGAAUCGUAAGAAAGCAUUAAUUAAGUCAUCAGCAAAUCCCGCAGUUGACGUGGGAUUCACUCCAUUGAAUUUAUCAGUCCCCGUAAAUUUCUCAUGCGAGGACAAUCUUAACUUUCCACAAUUAUAUGCUUAUAAUCAAGGUUUAUUAAAUUUGCAAUUUCAACAACCUAUUUAUCAAGAUGGAAUUUUUUGGUGA